AUGGCGGGCAAUCAGGAUGCCUCAAUGGAGGAGAUCCUCUGGCGAUCGCCGCCUCAUGUCCAGAUGAUGGGAGGCUAUCUUCACUCGAACAACAUUCUCUUCUACUUUGCCGAAUCGCCGUUCUUCGAUGCCACCUCGAAUAAUGCUUCCCUGGCCAUCCAGGCGAACUACAACGAAGCCCUACGCCAUUUUGUGGAAACCCGGGAGGCUUUUGAAUCGCGAUUGAAAACCAUGCAGGGCCUGGAAUUCGUCGUCGCCUAUGAUCCGUUACAAGCAGCAGCACAGUCAGGCACGCAAUUCGCCCACGAGCCGUCCAACGUCUGGGUGAUCCGGAAACAAACGAGGCGAAAGCGGACCGGCUUGGAGGACGAAGUUGUCAUCCUUUCGACCUACUUUGUGAUGGGCGACUGUAUCUACAUGGCUCCGUCGGUAGCCAGCGUUGUGGGGAAUCGCAUUCUAUCUUCCGUCACCUCACUCACGAGUCUCCUCAAGACUGCAUCCACACUGCCGACGUUCACCCCGUCUCACGGUCACACCUAUCUGCCGCCCGCACCCAAGUCGACCGACCCCAGUCAGCCCGGGGCCUCGUCUCAACAAAGCAAGGAGAACACGCCUCUACCCGAGGUCGAAUCUACUAGGAACCCGCUCGGGGGCGCCCACACCAGCAGCGCCGGGUUGGCGCUCCAAGACACAAAAACCCUGGCAGAGUCGUUCGCUCUUCUCUCCCGAUUUGGAGACGAAUAUAUGGAUGAGAACCCCUUGGUAGGAGAACCCGGGUCGUUCAUCCUGUCCAAAUCCGGGGACGCCGACCGACUCGCGGCGCCGAAGCCGUCGUCGAACAUAAGCCGUCCAAGUAGUGUGCCGGGGAGAGCUGCGACUCCACAGGUCAGGGUCGAUACGCCGGGAAAAGCUCCUGAUAAGGGCACUCCGGGGACGACUGGCUCGGAGGAGAAUAGUAAAAUGCGAAAGAGAAAAGUCAGAGCCGGUAGUUGA